CCUCUAGUGAUCUGUGAUCCGAACGAAUUCGUGGGAUUGUUUAUCGUAUUUCUAUUGAAGUAUUUCUGAAUUAAAGUGAUAUUCUUCAGAAAUCUGAGUGGUUUCAAAUUCUUUCACUUACCUAUAUAUGCAAUAUUUAUCUAAGCGUAUUGGAGUGUUAUUACAAUAUGUCUGUGGCUGAAUUUCUCAAAGGACUUCCAUCCUACGACGAGAGUAACUUCACGAAAUUCCAUAUAGAUAAUAACAAUCGUUCCAGUUUGAAAAGACCAUCUGUAUAUAUUCCUACGAAGGAUUACCCAGCUGCACAAAUUAUAGUAACAGAAAAAACCACCAUAUUACUGAAGUAUAUGCAACAACAUUGGGACAAGAAGCAGGCUUCGCAGAAAAGAGAUCAUCUGGUGGAAAAUGAGGAACCGUCUAGAAAAAGGCAAAGGGUCGAGUAACUGCUAGUUUGAAAUGGUGAUCAUUCUGUUGUAUAAAAUUCUCUAAUAUUAUUUCCAAGAUUGAAGAUUAUCAAAUAAUCUGACUUGUUUUUAUUGUUCAUUCAUUUAUUGUAUUAUUAAGUUUAUAUCUUAAAAUAUGAAAAAUAUUUGUAAUAUUAUUUAGAAAUAAAUAUGAUCCCGGAAGGGAAACUGCUUCA